GUUGAAUUAAAGUUAUUUGAGUAAGGUUGAACAAGAACGCCAUUACACUAAAUAUACGUAUAUAUAUGUACGUAUUGCUUCUAAAUAAUCAAAAAAUAAUUUUUUGUCAUUAUGACAGUACAAGAUAAUAAUAAUGAAUCGGGAAAUUCAAACAUUCCCAAAAGUAACGAUGUAGAAGUAGUGGUUGCACAGGAAAUUCCGGAUGUUCCAUUUGAAUAUUCAAAGAAAUUUCAAAUUGGAGGUACAAAAUUGUUGAUUGUCGAUAAAGAAGAAAAUAUAAUAAGUGGAAAUGCUCCUAAUUGUUGCGUACUUGGUAGCCCUGAACAUGUAGCGGCAUUGAAAGCAAAAAUUGAUGAAUUGAAAUCACAUUCUGAGCAAUUGGAACGAGAACGUAAAGAAGCUUUAGCACGUUCAGAAUCCGUAUCAAAUCAACUUGAUAAACUUGUUGGAGAAUUAUCACAAUUAGGUCAUCAUGACACUUCAAAAAAUGGAGAACAAACAAUUCAUGCUACAAUACAUACAUUUGGUCCAUUACAACAAAAUCUUGAAAUAAUAGAAGACGACGAUUCAUCCGAAGAUGAACAUAAAUACGAUAGAAUAAUGAGACAACCUAAAAUAAGACAGUAUUGGCAUAAUGGAAACUUACAUAGAGAAGCCGAAGAAAGAAGAGUCAGUUUUACGGAAUUAUUUUGGGAUUUAAUAUUUGUAGCUGUUAUCGGAAAUUUAGGUCAUGAUUUAGUUGAAGAUAUUUCUGGUACUAACAUUGAAAGAUUUAUUUUAACUUUUUAUCCUAUUUACAAAAUAUGGUUGGAUAUGGCUAUGUACAUGAAUCGGUAUAGUUCAGACGAUAUAUUUGAGAAGUUUUUCUUUUUAUUUGAGAUGAUACUUGUAAUUAUAAUGGGCACACAUGCAACGGAUAUAUUCCAUGAAAAUGUAUCAAUUUAUCUCGUGUCGUUCAUUAUUGCGCGCAUGGUAUUUGUAUUUUUACAUAUAUUACAUGCAACAUGGAUUCCAUUAUUUCGCGCAUCAUUUAUGAAUAUUGCGUGGGGAGUUUUUAUUCCAUGUGUAAUUUGGAUUGUAGCAAUAUUUGUUCCAAGUAAUUGGGUUAAUAUAGCAAUGUGGAUCGCGAUUGCGAUUGAAAUGUUAUGGACUAAAAUAAUGCCAUUAUAUCUUCGAUUUGGAAGAAAAACAAAAACUCAAGAUGAAAUUGUUGUUGAUACAACACGUGAGAAUACACCUGCAAAUGAUCCUUCUUCACCUACUUCUCCAACUACUUCAUCAUCACCUACCUCGCCUAUCUCGCCAUCUUCAACAAUUACAAGUCGUGCACCACAUAAAGCAAUGAGAACUCGCGGUACAGAAUAUCAAUGGAAAUGGAAAGAUUUAUUCAUAAUAUUUGAUACAAAUCAAUAUAGACCUGCUUUAAAUAUUGAACAUUAUAGUGAAAGAUUAGGAUUAUUCGCAAUUAUAGCUUUGGGUGAAGGCGUUCUUGGAGUUUUAUAUACCAGUUAUAAUCCACAACCUGAUGGUCAACUUGGAAAGGCUAUAUUAGGAUUGCUAAUUACUUAUAACCUACAUUGGAUAUAUUUUAUUGUGGAUGGUAGUAAACAAUUCCAACAUGCUUUAAGAAGACAUGUUAUUACCGGUCUUUUAUUUGGAAUGACUCAUUUUCCUUUGAACAUGGCGUUGGUUGCAUUUGGAGCGUCAUUAGGAAAAAUUGUACAACUUCGUGAUUUUCCUGGUGCUCAUAGCAUUCCAACAAAUGAAGUCGGUUCUCAUGCAUUAGUAGCUGAAAGUAACUCUCCUUCCGAAAGUACUCCAACAGAAGUUGAUUCACAUAAUGAUUCAUAUGAUCCUCAUAAUGCUCCAUUAUUUUGGUUAUAUAGUGCUACAUUAGCAAUUUCGUUAUAUUGUAUGGGCAUAGUUGGAGUAUUACAUAAAGGAUUAGACGAAGAUAAUUAUCUAAGAAUUCCAAAGUCUUAUCGAAUUAUCUUGAGGUUCAUAAUUGGAACAAUUUGUUUAUUGUUACCAUUAAGUAAAGUUAAUUCAUUAAAUUUGGUUGUUAUAACAUCAAUGCUUUCAAUAUUUUUGAUUAUCGUUGAAACUUAUGGUAGACUUAGAAAGGGAUUACCAUUAUUUGGUAAAUGUGAAGAUGAUGUUAUAAUACAUCCCGAAUAUAAGAAAUAUAUUAAAUGGAGAUGGGGGAAUAAAGAUUUAAAUAAGGGAACUUGGAGUACUGGAAUUUUGAGAAAAAGAAAGAACAAAAAAGAAAUUGGGAUGGAUGAUAAAUUAAUAUUUGAGAGUUAAUCAUAAAUUUAAUGUGAAGUAUAAAAAAAUUAUAAUGAAAAAAAAAACUUG